AGUGUGUGCAUGAACAUUACAGCUGACAUAGAUGUGUCUUCUAUAUAACCAUGACCAUAAAUAAGGCCUAAACCUCAGAUUUUUCAGUCUAUACAAAUCAAGAUUCCUUUUCCAUUGUAAUUAUCGACACAAAUUUCUUUCAAAAAGUUCCCACGCAUAAUUUUCUAGCUAAUAAUUUCCACCUUGUCAUCGCCAAAUGCUGCCGUACACCACCGUAGAAGAGGCGGCGGCCGCACUUGGCCGGAACCUGACAUCCGCAGAGACAAUAUGGUUCAAUUAUUCAGCUAAUAAAUCAGAUUAUUGCCUCUUUUGCCAUAACAUCCUGUUUCUUUUCUUGAUUUUCUCCGUUGUACCAUUGCCUGUUGUUUUUAUUGAGCUUAUGAGAUUUUAUAAUCAUAAGAUUCAACAAAAAGUAAAGCUUUCUCCAUCGGAAAUGCUUAAGUGCUAUAAAGAUGUCAUGAAAAUGUUCAUCUUUGUUGUGGGUCCUUUGCAAUUGGUUUCCUAUCCUUCUAUCAAGAUGAUUGGGAUCAGAACAGGUUUGCCAUUACCUUCAGGAUGGGAAAUUGCUCUUCAGUUAUUGGUAUAUUUCAUGGUGGAGGAUUACACGAAUUAUUGGAUUCAUCGAUUCCUUCAUGGAAAAUGGGGGUAUGAGAAAAUCCAUCGCGUUCACCAUGAAUAUGCUGCUCCUAUUGGUUAUGCUGCUCCGUAUGCGCACUGGGCUGAAAUUUUGAUACUUGGAAUACCGUCUUUUCUCGGACCAGCAAUGGCUCCUGGUCACAUGAUCACGUUUUGGUUAUGGAUUGCUUUAAGGCAGAUUGAAGCUAUUGAGACACACAGCGGGUACGAUUUCCCCUGGACUCUAACCAAGUAUAUUCCAUUUUACGGUGGCGCUGAUUAUCAUGAUUACCAUCACUACGUUGGAGGACAAAGCCAGAGUAACUUCGCUUCAGUUUUCACCUACUGUGACUAUAUUUAUGGAACUGAUAAGGGUUAUCGGUAUCAGAAGAAGGUACUCAAGAAGUUGAAAGAGGAAAUGGCAAAUGAUGGCGGGCAGAAUGGAUACAAUGUUCCUACGCAAAAUCUCAAAUCUGACUAGCUGCUGAACUGCGGAACUGUUGUUAAAUCAAAUGUGCUUAGGGUACAUCUCUCGGAUAUUUUCGAUUUGAAGCUGACAUCAAUAUGUUAUUAGCCUGGUUAAUUUAGAGAUCUUAGUAUGGGAGGUUAACUGUGAUUUGUGUAGCAUCAGGGUAAGUAGGUUUUCCGUAUUAAGUUUCAGCGUCGGGGUGUUUUGUUGAUGAAGUUAAGUGGAUUUGCAAUUUGAAGUGUUGUUUAGGAGGACUGUUUGUUGAACAUCCAAAUGUAAAAAAAAAUGCAAAUGUAUCCAUGUUUCUUUGUGUGACUUGAAAUGCUAAUAUUUCAUCCUAAGUAUUUGUUGAAUUUUA